GUUCGACAGGUCAUCCGGUGCGCCAAUUUCUGGCGCAACGUUCACCACGCUGUCGCUGUCACAUCGUGGAUAAACGAGUCGUGGACUUCCAUCGAGGCAGGGGCAGGGGCAUGACAGGUGAGACACAGUCGCGACCACAGGAGCGUGAUCCUGUGGAGGAGGUGCAGGAGUUCCUUGACGAGACGGCCAGACAAGCAGAGGCCGGGGGCGUUGAGGAGGGUGGAGGGACAGGCACAACACCAGAUUUGUCCGGAGCGGAGGUGGUUAUGACUACACGAGGGAGCAGUGUCGAUGACCAUCACGAUGGGGACGCACGAGGCCGAGCGGGGAAAAGGCCGGUGGAGAGUGGAGUUGAGGGCGUGCCGCAGGCGUGUAAUAGACAGCGGCAGUUCAGACUGGACGAGGUGUACGAUCAAGAUGCGCAGGCCGGAUUCAGGGACACCGUUUUGCAGUGGGUCUAUGAUUCCGGUAUCCCAUUUGCUGCAUUCAGGAGGCACUCAUGGCUUCGACACAGAGCAGUUGACCGCCAUGCCUCGCAGAGUCCGGUCAGUCUAUCCAUCGUUCAAGGACAUUGGGAUGACGGUAUUGUAGAUCAGCGAGGGAAGUUUACCAGGAUCUUGAGGGAGGUCCGUAGUUUGUUUGAGUCGGUAGGCGCCACUGUUUUUUCGAACGGUAGGCAGUCGCGAGACGCAAGGCCUAUAGUUAACUUCCUCACAGCUGCCAAGCGAGGUGCCCUCAUAUACGCUAUCGUCCAUAGAGACGGUUCAGUGCCUGAGAAGACACAGAUCGUCCUGAGGAGGUGGAAGGUCAUUUUGCGGUUUUUCCCUCCGAAGGACGUGUUGGCCAUUUGCACGGACUCUGCAUCGAACUAUACGUCGCCCGCAAAGCUCCUUGCAGAGGACUCCGAUCUGCAGAUCCGCCAUAUCGCUUGGCUCCCGUGUCAUCCGGUGCCAGGCUCUAUGGGUUCGACAGGUCGACCGGUGCCCCCAUUUCUGGCGCAACGUUCACCACGAUAUCGCUGUCAUAUCGCGGAUAGGCGAGCCGUGGACGUCCAUCGAGGCAGUGGCAGGUGCAGGACGGAUAGGACGCAGUCGCGCCCACAUGAGCGUGAUCUUGUGAAGGAGGUGCAAGAGUUCCUUGACGAGGAGGCCAGACAAGCAGAGGCCGGGGGCGUUAAGGAGGGUGAAGGGACAGACACAACACCUGAUUUGUCGGGAGAGGAGGUGGUUAUGACUGCACAAGGGAGAAGUGUCGCUGACCAUCACAAGGGGCACUCACGGGGCCGAGCGGGGAAGAGCCGAUUUCUGGCGCAACGUUCACCACGUUGUCGCUAUCAUAUCGCGGAUAGACGAGUCGUGGACGUCCAUCGACGCAGUGGCAGGGGCAGUACUAGUGGGAUACAGUCGCGAUCACAAGAACGUGAUCCUGUGGAGGAGGUGCAAGAGUUCCUUGACGAGGAGGCCAGGCAAGCAGAGGUCAGGGACGUUGAGGAGGGUGGAGGGACAAGCACAACACCAAAUUUGUCGGGAGAGGAGUUGGUUAUGACUGCGCGAGGGAGCAGUGCCGCUGACCAUCACGAGGGGGACGCACGGGGCCGAGCGGGGAAGAGGUCGGUGGAAAGUGGAAAUGAGGGCGUGCGGCAGGCACGCAAGAGAUAGCGGCAGUUCAGACUGGACAAGGUGUACGAUCUGGAUGGCCAGGCCUGAUUCAGGGACACCUUUUUGGAGUGGGUCUACGAUUCC